GGAGGAGGGGUUGUCUGGUCAUCGUGCAUGAUGAGGAACUCAUACACAAACUGUCUGAAAAGGAGGGAGGGGUCAGCCCAAAAGGCAACCUGUGGCUGAGGUACAGUAGGAGAGUCAUGGUGCCUCUGAGGGAGGCGUGAUUAGUUCGAAUCUGCAGCUCUGGCAGGCAGACGGGUGAGAGGAGGGGACCGGCCUGAGUCUCUACUGGGUGCACUGGACGCGGUGAUAAACUGGUGAUGAGCUCGAGGCCGACUGCACGUGUAGGGCUUCUUGCAUGGAGGGUGUGCAUGAUGUGAUUUACAGUAAAAUGUAGCACAAUAUGGUGGAGAAAGAGCAAAAACAAAAUGAAUGGGGAGUUUUCAGAUAAAAGUCUACUAAUUCAUGUCAAAACUGAGAACAUUUUGAUACAAGCUCCUUUGUUGUUAAUGUAGCAGACUUCCACUCUCUCUCGACGCUACAAUAUUCAUGACGAUAUAAUGUUUUAUAAUGUAAUCGAAAUAACAAAUCUUUUCUUUCUGAUGUCCAGAAUAUUGCUCUUGAUUUGCGGGAAUAACUGAGAGCAAAGACACAAAAUAAGUUAGAGAAGGAAGACAAAAAUCCAAGACUGAGAUAUGGAUAAUCAAGACAAAGGAGGAGGAGGAGGAGGAGGAGGAGAGCAGACAAAGGAGGUCACUGAUGAAUAUAAGUGGACCAAAGAUAAACACAACAAGCUGGAGAAAGAGAGCAGCGAGAAGGAGUCGAACGGAGGGGUCAAGAGGGAGAACCGCCGCUGUCAGUGGAGGAGCGGCUGGGCUCUGACCGAGCGCCUGGCCAUCAACGUCUCAGGAAUGCGUUACGAGACCCAGCUCCGAACCCUCGCCCAGUUCCCCGACUCCCUGCUCGGUGACCCCCGUCGUCGUCUUCGCUACUACGACCCCACACGGAACGAACUCUUCCUGGACAGGAGCCGCGUCUGCUUUGAUGCCAUCCUGUACUUCUACCAGUCAGGCGGGAGGCUGCGGAGGCCUGCCAACGUCCCUCUGGACAUGUUCCUGGAGGAGCUACACUUCUACGAGCUCGGAGAGGAGAUCAUUGAUCGCUACAAGGAGGAUGAAGGCUUCCCCAAGGAGGAAGAGAGGCCCCUACCCACCAAUGACUUGCAGCGUCGCCUCUGGAUGCUGUUUGAGUAUCCAGAGUCGUCCGGUGGAGCUCGGAUCAUCGCCAUCAUCAGCGUCAUGGUCAUUGUGAUCUCUAUUCUCAUCUUCUGCCUGGAGACUCUGCCUGAGUUCAGGAAUGAGAAGGAACAGAGGGAGCAAUUCACCAUCGUACCUCACCCCACCAUAGCGAAUGAAACCAUUACGAUCCCACCUGGUUUCACCCCCUUCCAGGAUCCCUUCUUCAUUGUAGAGACGAUCUGCAUCUGCUGGUUCUCCUUUGAACUCAUUGUGCGCUUCACCUGUGCUCCGAGCAAGAUGCACUUCUUCAAAGACGUCAUGAACACCAUCGACUUCUUCGCCAUCAUUCCCUAUUUCGUCACACUGGGCACGGAGCUGGCCAAAGACAAGGGUGCACAGCCAUCCGUGUCCCUGGCCCUCAUCAGGGUCAUCAGGCUAGUGAGAGUUUUCAGGAUCUUCAAGCUCUCUCGUCACUCUAAGGGCCUCCAGAUCCUGGGCCAGACACUGAAGGCCAGCCUCAGAGAGCUUGCCCUGCUAAUUUUCUUCCUCUUCAUUGGAGUCAUACUCUUUUCUAGUGCCGCGUACUUUGCAGAGGUGGACAGUCCUGACACAGCAUUCACCAGCAUCCCUGAGGCGUUCUGGUGGGCCGUGGUAUCCAUGACGACGGUUGGCUACGGGGACAUGUACCCGGAGACGGUCGGGGGAAAGCUGGUGGGCUCCAUGUGCGCCAUUGCCGGCGUGCUCACCAUCUCUUUGCCAGUUCCUGUCAUCGUGUCCAAUUUCAGCUAUUUCUACCACCGCGAGAUGGAGUGUGAGGACACUACCCAGUACCAGCAUGUCUCCACGUCGCUCUGGGAAAAGGACGGAGAGGAUGAUGAGGAGGAGAAGGAUGAGGAAGGAGUGGAUGAGAUGCUCGAAUACAUGGGAGACCAUGCUCCCCUGUAUGGGCAGAACAGCGGCGGUAUCUGUCCUCCGCUCAACGGGACUCUCCUGGCAGGACUCUGUGCCGGACAAGCCGCUGGUAAUCAGAGAGGGUUAAACUUCUACCUCGAAAAACCUCUGGUCACUCAGGUUUGAGAGCAGAACGGACUGAGUAUUUUCAUUAUCAACAUUUAAACGCUGUCUCACUUUGAGAAAAGAAAGGUACCAAGAUGGAGAGAAACUGUUAAACUGGUCGAAAGUGAAAACAUAAGAAACGUAAGCAAAGACUUGCCAUGACAUUAGCCCAAAUUUGUGCCUGUCAUGUAAUCAAGGUUUUCACACAUUUUGCGGGAUUAUAUUUGACUUACAGAUACACAGUAAGCAUCUCUUUUUCUCAGUAAAUAAAUACAAGCUAAUCUUUGAAAAACCCUGCAGUUCAUUUGACAAAGCUUACUGCUAUCAUAGACAUUUUCAGUUUCUUCAGAAAAACGUCUGUGCAGCUCACCGACUGCAAAAUAAAGAUGGAUGACAUGAGAGCUCCUCAAAAGAUGAAGCCAAAACAUCUGGGUCGCCCCCUGGUGGCUGACUCCAGUAUAGGCCUUAGCUCCCUCCUCCGCUGUGUUAGCAGAUGGGAAAUGGGCUGAACUGAAAGCUCAAAAGUACAAGUUGAAUAAACGAAUAAAUUUCCCAAAGAUGGCUUUUGUCAAUUUCAUGAAAACUAUGUUAAUAAAUACCAAAUGUUAGGAAACCUUGGAAUUUCCCUUGAUAUAAACCCAAGUAAAUAUUCAGUCACUAUCUUAAAUCUUAGAUAGAAUAUGUUUCAUCAUGGCUGGCUGCAUAUUUGAGGAACCUGGAAACAGAACAGUUGAGGUUUUGCACAUAUUUUGCUCAUCUCGCUUGAAUCAUCAUUAAACAAAGCAGGGCCACAGUGACGCUAUCACUCAAUGUUUGCAUAAUCCCUGUAAAAACUGUUUGCUGAUGUCACUGGGAUGAGACAAUGAGAAUGACUGACGUGCCGCAUGCUGCUGAGGCAAAACGUUCAGCGAAUGUCGCAGGUGUUGAUUCCCUGCGCUGGUCAGAGUUAUGACAGAAAUGUGGUGCUGUAAUCCCGCGCUGACGUGGACAACAAAAACACGGCUCAGCGGCCGCUGACGGAGGUGCAGACAGAGUUCAUGCACUGUAGCUGCUCCCAAAGCCAGUUUGUAUGUUACAUAGAGACACAGUGUAACAGAGACAGCCUGCGGACACGUAUAGAGAAAGCUGAUAUCAGCACAGAGAUGGUGAAGAUCCUCUCAGUGCUGAGAGAAAAACGCUGUACUCUGGCGGUCUGAGGCGUCUGAGGUGCCCGUAAACAGGAAGCAGCUCUCGAGCCUAAAACAAGCAGCAUCUCAGACA